AUGUUGUUUAAAACCAUUGGAUUGGUCUUGCUGCUGACUGGCCAGGCCUGGGGUCAGUCCUUCAGUUUUCCUGUCUACACCUUGGGAAGCGUAGUGUCCGCCCUGACAGGAGGCGGUGGUGGAGGUGGAGGAGGUGGAGGAGGUGGAGGAGGUGGAGGAGGUGGCUCCUCAAGCAACAGCAUUGCUCAAGCGGAAUACGAAUCUUUCGAAGCUUAUAAUGCGUAUUACAACAGCCAAUUGCAGCAGUACUACGAGGCUCAGGCGGCUUACAACGCGUACUUGUAUAGCUUAUACCUAGCCAGUCUAAACAACAACCAGCAAACAUUAACUUCGACCACACCCGCUCCCAUCACUACAUUGCCCACUCCAACUACGUCCACUGCCAUUCCCACCUCUACCGGAAAUCCAACGACAUCGACCGCCAUUCCUACGUCUACGGGAUCCGAUACCACCUCGACCGCCGUGGCCAAUCAGCCCACGACAACGGCAUCUCCAGCCACUUCCACGGCUGUGGCGCCCUCAGAUACGGACAGCACAUCCACUGCUGUGGCACCAACAGACACGGUCAGCACUUCCACUGCUGUGGCACCCUCAGAUACGGACACCACAUCAACGGCGGUGCAGAACGCCCGGAUUCAAACCACUCCUCUGCCCUUCCGCUAUGCGCACGGCUCUCUGGUCAACCCCUACGAUCUGCACCGCAUCAGUUCCAAUCCGAUCUACGUCCGUGGCUCCGCAGUGGCAUCAGCUGAGGCGGAGUCCGAGCCUGUAUAUAUUCCAUAUCCGAAUAUUUAUCGUAGGGCUCAGCCAUCUCCUUACUUCGGCUACGCGGGAAAGAAAUAG